AUGGUUUCCUCCGGCAGCACCUUUUGGCGCUUUAUUGCAGUGUCAUUUGCAGUCGCUUUCUUGGCUCAAACACUCUUGUUUGCAACAUACUUUCACCACAGUGCCUCGAAUGCAGAUCAAAACGCUGUUCCGGCGGUUCAAGCGUUUGUGGUGGACUCAAAAAAACAUGAUGAUAUGGAACCUAGUACGCCAAAUCGACAACUGGAGACUGUUCUGGAAGGUGUUGCAGUAUCAGUAAUGUUAAAAGCACCAAAAUGGUUUCAUCGUCGAUACACAGUGAUGCUGCACAACGCCUUGGCAAACUUUCCAAUUUCUUGGAAAAUACAAGUGUUCUACAAUGACAGGUGGCUAGAAAAAGAUGUUCUUCCAUUGCAUCCAGGUUUGAGGAAGAUGAAGUCAGGCCACGACCGUAUCAUAUGGACACAAAUCCCGGAAAAGAUGACUAGAUGGAAACCAAAGGAUAUAAUGAAAUCGGUUUGGCUUUGGGAGAACAUGGAGCAUGAUAACGUUUUUCUUUUUGGAGGCAAUGGGGCCUUUUGUGGGAAUACAGAUGUCUCUCUUGAUAGGUUCCUUAGCUACGAUUAUGCUGGUGCUCCAUGGAAUGCAUAUGGUGGGAACGGAGGUGAUGGGUCGUCACACUCAUUUCGGCAUCGAUCAGUCAUGUUGGAAAUUCUGAAGGAACACCCACCAGAUGAUGGUGAUCAGGACUACAAGUACUUUCUGAAACAUAUGAUGAAGGAUUCGACGAAGUACAAGAUUGCAGAUCGAGAUACAACACUUGCUUUUGGAGGCGUUUCCAAUGUCACACCUUUAUUGUUGUCGGGAACUCAACCGCACUUGAACUUCACAACCAGAGAAAGUAUAUUAUUCAUUUGUCCAGAGCUGAAAGUGAUUUUCCCAUCCCUCCAUGAACCCACUUGUUUUGGUGCUCAUCCAAAACCGGAGACUUGCCAGAGUUCCAUAUGUGCACUCAAUGAUAUACCGCCUCAAGGGUGCUAG